CUUCUUUUUUUGGGUUAUGGGGAAAACGGUGUGGGGCUUGGAGGGGUUUAAAACGUUGAGGGUAUUUUCGGAACUGUGUUAUGAGUUUUUCACUUUUAGCUGUCACAGAAUUUGGAUUUUUUACACCAUCCGACAAUAAAUUACUGCGGUCAAUAAUGUGUCGAGUCGUGCACAAAUUUUUUUAGUGUGGGCUAUACCCGACCCAAUAAAUAUUGUCUCACCGUCUGCCUCGUUCCGGCGACGAUCAACGGUGUUAGUUACAGCCGCCGUCGAUUCCUCCAAUUCCAUCAACCAAACAAUCUGGAGCUAUCUUUGUGAUCGUUUUUUGUGCACGAUAAUUCAAUAAUGAAGAUUGUUCGAAGAGAUUUUGUGCCAGAUGGCCCUGGGAGUGUUAAGAUGGUGGCGGAAGAAGCAGAUGAUUUGUGGAUUGCUUACAAUUUGAUUGCAGCGGGUGAUUCGGUUUUAGCUGUGACUGUUAGGAAAGUUCUGAGGGAGACGGCUUCUGGAGAUAGAGACUCUGAACGGGUGAAACUGAAGUUGGAAAUUGUAGUUGAGACAAUGGAGUAUGACAAAGAAGGGUCUGCCUUGCGUAUACGAGGAAAGAAUGUUCUUGAAAAUGAACAUGUGAAGAUUGGUGCAUUCCACACCCUGGAAAUUGAUCUGCAUCGGCCUUUUGUCUUAAGGAAGGAGGUCUGGGACUCGCUUGCACUAGAAGUUCUCCACCAAGCAUCCGAUCCUUCUGCCAGUGCUGAUUUGGGUGUGGUUUUGAUGCAAGAAGGAUUGGCCCAUAUUUUUCUUGUUGGUAAAAGUGUGACAAUUUCUCGUUCUCGAAUUGAAACCUCAAUACCUCGCAAGCAUGGUCCUGCUAUUGCUGGCUAUGACAAAGCUUUGAACAAAUUCUUUGACAAUGUCCUGCAGGCAUUUCUCAAGCAUAUUGACUUCAAGGUUGUCCGAUGUGCUGUGAUUGCCAGUCCAGGAUUCACAAAGGAUCAAUUUCAUCGUCAUCUGUUGCUAGAGGCUGAACGAAAGCAAUUGAGAGCUAUUAUUGAGAACAAGUCACGCAUUGUUCUUGUACAUACAACCUCGGGUUACAAACAUAGCUUGAGAGAGGUUUUGGACGCACCAAAUGUUAUGAAUAUGAUAAAAGACACAAAAGCUGCCAAAGAGGUUCAAGCGCUGAAAGAAUUCUUCUCAAUGCUAUCAAAUGAUCCAACUCGUGCUUGCUAUGGACCUAAGCAUGUUGAAGUUGCCCAUGACCGAAUGGCAGUCCAGACACUUCUCAUCACGGAUGAGCUCUUCAGGAAUUCUGAUGUAGAGACGAGGCAAAAGUAUGCCAAUCUGGUGAAGUCAGUUAAAGAUUCAGGGGGCACUACAUACAUCUUCUCGUCCAUGCAUGUCUCUGGUGAACGUGAGUUCUAUUAGUUUGCUUUUCUUCUUCAGCUAUAGGAUUACAGGCUCACAGCUUUUAUGCAGUGUGUUCUUAGCUUCCUGUGCUCACUUCCACAUUCUCUUCCCACUGAUUCUUUUGGAUGAUAUUUGGCAGAACUCGCACAAUUGACCGGAAUUGCUGCAAUCCUCCGCUUUCCACUGCCAGACUUGGAAGAUAUAGAGAUGUGAUAUAGGAGAUCGAGUUGGCAUUAUUAGUUAGCUUCAGUCCCUUUGGUUGUAUAUUUGUUCUAUAGGAUUUAUAAUUGUUAGUUGAUUACGUAUUGUCGGUAGUCCAUACCAAACCGAGCGUGUGAUUGCAUAGCGUAGUGCUUGCUACGAAAGUUUCAUAGGAUGCGUUUGCCUCUAUGAUUACACCAUCUUGAAAUUGUUCUCUAUCUUCAUUUUUUAUUUUAUUUUAUUGGGAAAUUUCCUUGAAGUAUUGAAUGUUUUGAAAUCCCUAAUAAGGGUGUUAAAUUUUGAAAAU